AUGUCUACGAUCGCAUCUCCACGAGACCCGUCGGGGCCUUUCCCGCGGCGCACCAACUCCGUCAUCACGCCGACUUCAUCCUCCCGCCCCAGCCUCGAUGUCCCGGCCUCCGUGUCCAACUCGCCCAACCCGAACCAGUCGGCGGUUAGCAUCUCCCAAUCCAACAAACGCGCCAACCGCGCCGCCCUGCGCGAAUACUACAACCUGCGAAGCAACAACAACAACAACAACAACAACAACAACAAGCCCCUCCCGUCAACCCCAACAGUCGAGAUAACAGACCACCUCGGCGGCGCCUCUUCGCCCUCCUUCUCCUCCACGACCCCGGCCGCCACCCCGCCGUCCGAGCUCGACUCCCCGGACUUCGACGCCCAGGCGUACGUCGCCAACCUGCUGGCCUCCUCGUCGCUGGCCGACCUCCUCCGGACCUACACGACGGUGCUGGGCGAGAUGCGCGCGCUCGACGCCGAGCGCAAGGCGCUCGUCUACGACAACUACAGCAAGCUCAUCGCCGCCACCGAGACCAUCCGGCGCAUGCGCGGCGCGCAGGGCUCCUCCGACUCGGCCUCCGGUUCGGGCCCGGGUUCGGGCCCGGGUGUAGGGGCCGCUUCGCUCGAGGCCGUGGUCGAGGGUAUCUACCGGCGCGCGGCCGACCUGCGCGAGGAGCUGCGGGCCAGCGUCGCCGCGCAGGCGCGGGCUGACACUCUCGGAGGAGGGAGCGGUCGGGGCGGUGGUGAUGGUGACGGGGACGGGGACGGAGACGGGGAGGCAGACGAGAAGGCGGCGAGGAGGGAGAGGACCAGGGAGCUCGCUAGGGAGGUGGUCAAAGUGCCCGGGCGGUUGAGGAGGCUGGUGGAGGACGGGAAAGCGGAGGAAGCGAAGAGGGAGUGGAAGAUGCCGAGGAGGUUGCUUGUGCGGUGGAAAGAGCUAGGGGUCGGCGGGGACGACGUGGCCGCGCUGAUUGAGGAGGGCGAUGCUGCGUUGAGAAAAGCGGUAGAAGCAGAUGGGAAUAAAGGCGGCGACCCGACCGCGUAA